AUGGGCUGUUCGUCUUCUCUGCCAGCAAACAGUACUGGAGGCUUGGGCAAUAUCAACAACGAGAACUCUGCAACUGACUCAAAGAAUUUGAAAGUGAAGUUGGUUUUACUGGGAGAUUCUGGUGUUGGGAAAAGCUGCAUUGUUCUUCGCUUUGUCCGUGGUCAGUUUGACCCCACAUCAAAGGUAACUAUUGGUGCAUCAUUUCUGUCACAAACAUUGGCAUUGGAGGACUCCACAACAGUGAAGUUUGAAAUAUGGGACACUGCUGGCCAGGAGAGGUAUGCUGCAUUAGCACCUCUGUACUACAGGGGAGCUGGUGCUGCAAUCGUUGUCUAUGACAUAACAAGUGCAGAAUCAUUCAUCAAAGCACAAUAUUGGGUGAAGGAACUUCAGAAACACGGUAGCCAGGAUAUGAUCAUGGCUUUGGUAGGAAAUAAGGCUGACCUACAUGAAAAACGCACUGUGUCUUCUCAGGAAGCACAGGAGCACGCGGACAUGAACAAUAUGUUUUUCGUUGAGACAUCGGCGAAAACGGCUGAUAAUAUAAACCAACUAUUCGAGGAAAUUGCCAAGAGGCUGCCGAGGCCUACACCGCCAUCCUGA